AAUACUUUCAUACUUGAAGACGUAUCCCUUAAAUGCUGCAGUCUAAAUAGUUAGAACGUUAUUGUAUUUUAUGUGCCUUAGCUUUAAUUCUUUACACUUUUUAUGUUAUUUUCAGGUACCGCAGCAUUUCCAUGGAUCUCCAAACUUCUCUCAAAACUGCACUGCGGAAGAAGUAUCACAAUCUGAAUAAUGGCAGCCACCCGUUACUUCCUUCAAGGUUCUGCUAUCGGACAUUUGAAGACGAUGACAAAACGCUGUGUUACCAGGAAUUUAGGUAUUUUGAUCAUUCUGACAGUCAGAGUUGGAUGGUCUAUGACACCAUUCCGCUUGUGGAGGUUUUAUCUUGCGACUGCAAACAUGACACCAGCAAGAGAACAGUCAUGACUUUAGGGGUGUAUGGAAUAGGGAAAACCACUGCAGUUCAGCAGUGUGUUCUAGACUGGGCUGAAGACAAAGCCUACCCUGACAUCCAGCUUCUGUUCCCUCUCAAAUUCUGGGAGUUAUAUUUGCUGGGGUCUGAUUGUAAAAUGAAUUUAAUUGAACUACUGCUGAUGUUUUACCCAGAGCUGAAGGAACUCCACAUUUCCAGUUUGAAUGAAAAAAAUGUGUGGUUUAUCUUUGAUGGACUGGAUGAAUAUCGUUACUGUUUAAACUUCUCCUGUCCAAAAGUCAGUGAUGUGUCACAAAGAACCACUGUGAAUAGCCUGGUGACUAAUCUAAUCAGGGGAAACUUGCUUCCCAAAGCUCACAUCUGGCUGACGACGCGACAUGCAACAGCAACACAAAUCCCUCAUCCCCAUAUACUCAGAUACACUGAGAUACAAGGGUUUGAUGACAAACAGAAGGAGCUUCACAUCAGGGAUAUUGUCAACAAUGAUCAACUUGCCAACAGAGUUAUUGACCAUGUGAAAAUAUCAAGGAGUCUGGACUUCCUGUGCCAGAUACCAUCCAUGUGUACCAUCAUGGCAACCGUUCUGAAGGAUCAUCUGGAAGAAACAGAAGAUGACUUUGAAAUCAGUCCCAUGAGUCUUACCCAGAUUUUCUCCAAUCUCAUCAGAACAUUCAACUUUGAUAUUGCCCAUAAGAUGAAAGAGAUAGCAGAAUCUCAUUUGUGGAUGGAUGGACUUUUGUUUGAAGAUGAUCUUAUGGAUCAUUACAUAACUCUUGAUGAGUUGUCUGCCUUUUCCCAAGAGUAUCCACUUGUGUUGAGAGAAGAGAAGGGGCUGCGUGACGUCUCAGUGUUCCACUUUGGUCACAUAUGCAUUUGUGAGUUCCUGAAUGGAUUACGUGAAGUGGAGAACACUCAAUUCCAUCCUGUUGCAAGGCGGUCGAAGUAUUAUAAACACCUGGUGGACACAGCGAUGGGCCUGGAAAAUGGUUUAAAUGAUGUCCACCUUCGCUUCAUCUUUGGCCUGAUAAAGGAGCGUAGGUUACUGGAAGCCUCAAAUCCACUGUUUUACUACAUGAAGAUGAUGAUCUUGGACAACAUUCUGACAUAUAAAGCUGUGCGCUUGUUUCACUGUCUAAGAGAGUUUGACAGCCAGGCUUUAUUGAAUGAAGUCACAUGUUAUAUGAAGACACGUUCAUCUCCAAUCCCUGGCUUCUCAUCAGAUCGGUGGGAAUUAAUCAGUCAAAUGACCGCUAACUUUGAAGGCAUGCGCCACAAGUUUGAGAUGGAAGUGUGCACAAGAUGUGAUGAAAGGCUCCUCAGACAACUCCCAGCUCUUCUGAAAUCCAUAAAAGCCAUGCUGAGGUUCUCAAACCUGACAGACAAGUGUUGUCCAGCGCUGGCUGCAGUUCUAAGUACAAAAGAGUCGUACCUGAGGGAGCUCGACCUGGGAUGCAACUGCAUUGGUGACAGUGGGGUGGAGAAGCUGGUGCAGGGGCUGACCAAUCCAAACUGCAAGCUGAAAACACUGAGGUUACAGGGCUGUGGACUGACCUCACCUGCCUGCCGACACCUGGCUACCGCACUGAGACGAUCCCAGAGGCUGAGAGAGCUAGACCUCAGUGCGAAUGAAAUAGGAGAUGAUGGAUUGAAACAUCUUUCAAGUGGUUUGGAAUCUCCUGAGUGCCAAUUAGAAACCCUCAAACUGUCACAGUGCAACAUUGAGGGACAAGGCUGCUAUUAUCUGUCCUCAGCUCUGCAGAAAAACUCCACUCACCUCAAAUGGUUGGAUCUGAGCAUCAACACGAUAGGCGACGAGGCUGCCAAUGACCUUUUUGCGAAGUUUGAUAUCUCAAAGCUGACAAAACUGGAGAUGUACCACUGUGGCCUUACGGUGUUGAGCUGUGAAAAUAUCGGGGAAGCCCUAAAGGUAGAAAGCAGCAAUCUGGUCGAAUUUAAUUUGAGCAACAAUAACUUGGCAGAUGCAGGAUUUGAGAAGAUCUGUGAAGGUAUGGUGGCAUGGAGCAGGCUGGAAAAAUUCAAUUUGUCUAGAUGUGGAAUCACGAGUGAGGGUUGCCGCUACAUAUCAAAGGUCCUUGCUUGCAUCUCACAGCUGUACAGUCAAGAAUUUCUUCCCAAAACAUGCUGGCAGGCUGUAGAGCUGACAGACCUUGACCUCAGCAUAAACUGCCUCACAGACAAGGGAGUCAAAGAACUUUCAACAGGACUGAAGAAUCCUUACAGCCAUCUUAAAACUCUCAACCUGAGUUACUGCAGUCUGACUCAUGACUGUUGUACAGAGUUAGCAUCCGCACUUGCAUCGUAUGAAAGCACCGUCAGUGAGCUGGACCUGUCUGGUAACAAGAUUCAGGAUAAAGGAGUCAGGACUCUCUGCCUGGCACUCACAAGCACCCAGUGUAAACUUGAAAAACUACUACUUAGGAGCUGUGGCUUCAGCUCAAGGAGCAUCGACUUUUUCACGACUGCCCUGAAGUCAAACCGUCGCCUGACAGAACUGCACAUCAUGGGAAACAAUCUGAACGACCAGGGAAUCAACGUGCUGAUGGAAAUGACGCAGAAUGAGAAAUACAUGUUAAAGUCAAUAGAUGUGUCAACAGACUGAGCACAGAGAGGGAGAAGAUAUUCCAAGACAGACAAGAAAUAUAUACAUUUAACCAUAAUGGGACUUCAAGGUGUGGCAUGAUCUGUCACCAUUUUUGUAGUGGGAAAUCUGCAAUAAAUUUGUCAUUUUAUUCCUAAUUCUUAUUAAUUCUUUUUUUUUUACUAUGGUUGCACCCUAUUGCUGAACUCUGUGUUCGACAUGCUUGUUUGUCAUUUAGUUAAUUCAAGUAUGUAUGUUCAUGUUCAUUGUCAUACAUGGAGCAGCAAUAUGUAAUGGUUAAAGAGUUACCUGUUUCCCAGUAUAUUUUUACCCCUUGUUAGCUUUUUUCCUCAUGCAAUAUCCCUUAUUACGAAAAUAAUGCACAAGUUACAGUUCUGUAUUCCAAGUCUUAAGUAUUUAUCAGUGUACACAAACUAAAAGUUUACUUUCACAGUAAAUACUGUGUUGUGCUACUAAAUGAUGUUUUUGAAUUAAACUUACU